AUGUCUUCCGACGGAAAUUCAACCCCUCAAAGUGGGCCCGAUGGGCGUCCCUUGGGCCCCGAUGGGAAGCCUUUACCAGGACCUCAGCAAAUGCAACAAGUGAUGGCUCAACGACGCAUGGCCCAACAACAAGCCCAAGUGGAUGAGGUGUGCGGAAUCAUGAAAAAUAACGUCGAAAAGGUUUUAGAGCGAGAUACCAAACUAACUGAGCUCGAUGAGCGAGCCGAUGCACUCCAGGAUGGGGCAUCCCAAUUUGAGAAGCAAGCCGGCAAGCUGAAAAACAAGUUCUGGCUCCAAAACAUGAAGUUCAUUGUUAUUGGUGCCAUCUUGGGAUUGAUUCUUUUGAUCAUGCUGUAUUUCAAAUUCUCCGAUGAACCCCAACAACCAAUUUACUAUCAGUCACCCCCCUCUCAGUCUGAUAAUAUCGCUUCGGGAAGCAACAUACCUUCACAAUAAUUUGAUGAACGAUGCAUCGAUCUUGUCAUUACCAAUAGAUUUGUUAUGCGUUUCCUCCUCUAAGGGAUUAGACAGACCUAAGCGUACCAUGAUUUCUACUACAUCCUUCCCAACCUAAUCACCCAGGCUCCAUUCGCUUGCAAUCCCAUCGCUCCAUCGGAUUCGAAACUUAUGGACAUCUUUGAAAAAUAAGAUUGGAUCAUUCUCUCUCUGA